AGGAGGAGAAGAGAUGGAAAAUGGGAAUGGAGAAGGAAAGGGGGAGUUCAUAAACCAGAACAAUACUGACUUCUUCCUUGAUUCCAUGUCAAUGCUCUCUUCUCUCCCUCCUUGCUGGGACUCAUCUCUUCCUCCUCCUCCUCCUCCUCCUGCACCGCACUCUCUCUUCCACGCUCUCACCGUGGACGCCUCCUUCCCCGACCAGUUCCAUCACCCUCAGGAGUCAGGUGGUCCAAAAAUUGGUAGCCAAGAUGGAUUGACGGCACAAGGGACAGUCUCGACAACGAGCGCACCUGUGGUUCGUCAAAAGCCAAGGGUGCGAGCCAGGAGAGGCCAAGCCACCGAUCCUCACAGCAUCGCUGAGCGGCUGAGAAGGGAACGCAUUGCUGAGCGUAUGAAGUCUCUCCAAGAACUAGUUCCCAACACCAACAAGACGGAUAAAGCAUCAAUGCUGGACGAGAUCAUCGAGUAUGUUAGAUUCCUUCAGCUUCAAGUCAAGGUACUAAGCAUGAGUAGAUUGGGAGGUGCAGGGGCAGUUGGUCCACGCCUCAAUGGUCUCACCUCUGACGUAGGAGGAAGGCUCAACGCACUCUCAACAGGACCGUGCAAUGGCGUAAAAGGGAAUGGAAACGCAACAGGAUCAUCCAACGAGAGCCUAAGGACAACGGAACAGAGGGUUGCAAAGCUGAUGGAAGAAGACAUGGGAUCAGCAAUGCAGUACCUUCAAGGGAAAGGGCUUUGUCUAAUGCCCAUCUCUCUCGCAACUGCAAUAUCAUCUACAUCUACUCACUCUCGUGGAGCUCUCUUCAACCCCAACUCCAAUACUGCCGUAGCAGCUGAGGAUGCAAAUGUAGCAGUAGCAGCCGCUGCAGCUGCACCUGAAGCUUCCUCUACUAUGGAUGAUGUAUCUGCCUCCAAGGCCUGA